AUGUCCUCAGAAAACACCAUGGACGAUGAGGACACGUUUAAGAUCCUCAUUGCAACAGAUGUACACCUGGGUUAUUUGGAGAAGGAUGCCAUUCGUGGAAAUGACUCCUACAACACUUUGAAGGAGAUCUUAGAAUAUGCCAAGAAGCAUCAGGUGGACUUAAUUCUACUGGGUGGAGAUUUGUUCCACGAGAACAAGCCCUCUCGACGCUGCCUCCAUAGCUGCAUCACGAUGCUCAGACAUUACUGUAUGGGAGAUACUCCCAUACAGUUCAACAUUCUCAGUGACCAAACAGUUAACUUCAAUACAACCAAAUUUCCGUGGGCUAAUUAUCAAGACGAAAAUUUGAACAUCUCCAUUCCUGUGUUUAGUAUCCACGGUAAUCACGACGACCCUACAGGGGCUGAAGGGCUGUGUGCUUUGGAUUUAUUGGGUGCAUCAGGUCUGAUAAAUCACUUUGGUCAUUCUACGUCUGUAGAAAAAAUUGAAAUCAGCCCCAUUUUAAUGCAAAAAGGAAAGACAAAGCUAGCCCUGUAUGGUCUUGGAUCCAUCCCAGAUGAACGUCUCUACAGAAUGUUUGUAAAUAAUCAGGUAACAAUGCUUCGUCCUAAAGAAGACCAAGAUGAGUGGUUUAAUCUGUUUACGUUGCACCAAAACAGGAGUAAGCAUGGACCUACAAACUACAUUCCUGAGCAGUUUCUUGAUGACUUUAUUGAUCUCGUUGUGUGGGGCCAUGAGCACGAAUGCCUCAUAGCCCCAUCCAGAAAUGAGCAGCAGCUUUUCUAUGUGACACAGCCUGGAAGCUCUGUAGCAACCUCCCUUUCACCUGGAGAAGCCACCAAAAAACACAUAGGAUUGCUUCGUGUUAAUGGUCGCAAAAUGAAUUUGCAAAAACUACCCCUUAAAACCGUCCGCCAAUUCUUCAUCCAAGACGUUGUUUUAGCUGACUACCAGGACAUGUUCACCCCACACACACCCCAUGUCACAAAGAAAGUGGAAGAAUUCUGCUAUGCAAAGGUCAACGAGAUGCUAGAGGAAGCUGAAAGAGAGAGGUUGGGUUGCCCCAUGGUGCCAGAGAAACCUUUGAUACGACUCAGAGUGGAUUACAGUGGAGGAUUUGAGGCAUUCAACACUUCUCGCUUCAGUCAAAAGUUUGUUGAUCGUGUUGCCAAUCCAAAGGAUGUAAUUCACUUUCUAAGGCGGCGAGAGCAGAAAGAAAACAUUAAAGAUGAAGUCAAUGUUGACUACAACAAAUUAGUGAAGAAUACAGCAACUGAAGGACUAAGAGUAGAAGAUUUGGUUAAAAAAUACUUUGAAGCGACAGAGCAGACUGUGCAGCUCUCCUUACUGACGGAGCAGGGCAUGGGAAAAGCAAUACAAGAAUUUGUAGACAAAGAUGAGAAAGAUGCCAUAGAGGAGUUGAUUUCAUAUCAGCUUGAGAAGACACAGCGGCAUCUACUGGCCAGAGGAGUUACUACAGAGCAAGACAUCGAUGCAGAGAUUAAGGUAUUUAGAGAAUCAAAAAAGAACACUACAGAAGAAGAAAGUGAUAUUAAAGAAGCUUUGAGCAGAGCUAAAGCCCACCGUAUGGAGCGUGGCCCAGAGGAUCGCAUGUCAGAUGGUGAUGUCGCUAUGGAUUCUGAUGACAGCUCCAGCCCUUUCCCACAGCCCACGAGGGGUAGAGGGCGUGGCAGGGGCGGACGUGGAAGAGGGAGAGGUGCAACUACCACUGAAUCUAAACCAGCAAGUCGUGGCCGUGGUCAAAAAUCUGCCCCUUCUACUCAAAGCAGAAGUAUAAUGCAAGCAUUUCAAGCUACAUCUCAGAGAUCCUCCCGGUCUGGCUCUUUUCCUACAGAAGACAUAACUAUUGAUGAUUCUGAUGAAGAUUUCCCAGUCACUAAAACUACUCGACUGACUUCGAAAGCAGCCUCCACUUCUUUUGCAAAGUACAGCAGCCAGUCUCAGCGUCAGAGCCAGUCUUCCAAAGGGUUUUUUUACGAUAACAGUGAUGACGAUGAUGACGAUAAUCCGUUCAAAGGAUCAAGUCGGCGUGGGAAAAAAACUUAA